UCAAGGUCACGUGGUUCUAUGUUUUUCCAAAGAUGGUGGAAAGGACAGGCGGGCUUCGGCCUCCGUUCCUGUUUAUUCUCCUUUUCUGCGUGCAAACUGUGGUGCUCGCACAGCCCGAGGUGAUCGGCCUGGCCCCCGUCGACCACACGGCCACCACGGUCGACGGCAGGGCCCGGGUGGUAGGGGAAGUGUCCACGAAGCUCCGAGUGUUCGGCUCCAACCUGACGCGAUCAACUUGGCUGUCCUUCGCCAAGAGACCCGACGUGAAGGGAGCACCGUGCAACGACUGGCGAAAAUCGGAACCCUUCCCUCUCCUCACCGAGGAGUUCUCUGACACCGUGGCCCUUGUCAGCGUCACGGUCAAGUUACUCGAGCAAGGUGAGGUGUAUUUCUUAUGCGUCAAGGCUGAAGACGAUCCUCUCGAGCCGUGGUUCUACCAGGGGAACUCCACGUCCCUCCAGCUCACAACAGAAGCAGAGGAAGUUGAGUCCACCCUCCUACCUCUGUGGCUUCAGGUAAUCUUCAUCAUCAUCCUCCUGUCCUUGUCCGGCCUGUUCAGCGGCCUGAACCUCGGCCUGAUGGCCCUGGACCCCACAGAGUUAAAGAUCGUGCAAAAUGUCGGGAACGAAAAAGAGCGGGAAUAUGCGCGGAAGAUAGCCCCUUUGAGAGUUCAUGGCAACUUGUUACUGUGCACUCUGCUCCUGGGUAACGUGUUGGUGAACAACACCUUGACUAUUUUGCUUGAUGACCUCUCAUCUGGGCUUAUAGCUGUGAUCGGUGCGACGGCGGGGAUUGUCAUUUUCGGUGAGAUCGUGCCUCAGUCGGUGUGCUCUCGCCAUGGUCUCGCCGUUGGUGCAAGAACUAUAUGGAUCACAAAGUUCUUCAUGUUUCUGACAUUACCUGUGGCAUAUCCCAUCAGUAAGGUUCUGGACUGGGUGCUCGGGCAGGAGAUCGGUACGGUCUACAGCCGAGAAAAACUCCUCGAGCUCAUGAAGAUGCAACAUCAGUUCCAAGAGAUCGAGAAACACGAGAUCAACAUCAUUUCGGGCGCGCUUGAACUGCGACAGAAAACCGUGACGGACAUCAUGACUCCGUCAGAACAGUGCUUCAUGCUGGACAUUGAGGCCAUCCUGGACUUCGACACGAUGUCUGAGAUCAUGAAGCAGGGCUUUACGCGUAUCCCGGUGUACGAGGGAGAGCGUGACAACAUUACCGCCCUGCUGUUUGUGAAAGACCUGGCCUUCGUGGACCCCGACGACUGCACGCCCCUCAAGACCAUCAUCAAAUUCUACAACCACCAACUAACGUGGACGUUUGCAGACACCACGCUAGAUGUCAUGUUGGAAGAAUUUAGGAAAGGUCACUCACACAUGGCGUUUGUUCAGCGAGUAAACAGUGAGGGAGAAGGGGACCCGUUCUACGAGAUGAUCGGUGUGGUCACGCUGGAGGACGUUAUCGAAGAGAUCAUCAAGGCCGAGAUUGUGGAUGAAACCGACAUCUACAUUGAUAACAAGUUCCAGAACAAAGUUCCGAACCGCCGCGCGCUUCAAGACUUUUCAGCCUUCCGCCCUGCUGACGAGAAGCCCAAGAUCUCCCCUCAGCUCAUGCUGGCAUCGUACCAGUACAUGGCAACCUCUAUAGACUUGUUCAAGCCGGAGCUGAUCUCAGAAACCGUCCUGCGGCGGAUGCUCCAGCAGGAUGUCGUGGUGGACCUCAAGGUCAAGGUGGAGCAGAAAGACUCCACGUCAAACAACAUCUACACGAACGGCAAGCCGGCCGACUACUUCGUACUGAUCCUGCAGGGCCGAGUGGAGGUACGGGCAGGGAAGGAGGGGCUCACGUACGAGACUGGACCCUUCACGCAUUUCGGCGAGGCCGCCAUUGUCGCUUCUGAGCAUACAGGCAACACGCCCAGCCCAGAAACACCCGCAGACCGAAGCAUAGCUAGUUGUCCCGCCGGUAUCAAUAAGUGUUUGUUUCAACAACACAGCACAGAGCGGGAAACCUCACCUAAAAGUGCUGCAUGUGUCCAUAAACAACAACAACAACAAUCUGCACCUUCCACCACCACUAACAACAACAAACCCUCUCCUGGCUCUGUCUCUGGACAGUCUAACACCACUCCGCAGCACCAAGGCCGACGAGCCUCCGCUCUCUCAACGUUGUCGGCCGCUUCUACCUCCAGCUUUGCCUUCCCCAUCCCACUUCCAAAACUCGUGGAAGCUGCACGCACGCACGACAGACGACAGAGUAUAGGUGCUUGUUGUGCCAACAAGGGAGGCGGGCAGACAGCAGAAGAAGAACCUCUCCUGAAGCAAGCUCUGACACCAACUCUGGUGUCUAAGUUUGGCUUUGCCAGUAAGAAUGGGAAACAAGAAGACAAUCCAAGGAGGGCAUUUAGUUUUGCAAGGAAGACUGACAAGGACAAGAAAGCACAGAAAGGCUUGAGGAGUAUAGUGAACCAGCCACAGAUCGGGAUCUCCAGUAGCCAGAGCCUGGUGUACGUCCCUGACUACUCCGUGCGCGCUGUUACAGAUGUCCAGUACAUCCGUAUCCGCCGUGCUCACUACAUGGCCGCUCGCCAGGCCACCCUGCUGGAGCGGCAGCCGCGCACGCCUGCAUCCAGCGAGUCCGAAGACAUCUUUGGAAAGGAGUGGGCGAAGGCCAACAAGCAGCACGGCAGCCACAAGAGUAGCUCCCACAGCCUGCACAAGGGGAGUAACCCCAGCCUGUCCCCGGAGAACCACGUGUUCCUGACCCCGGGGAGUCACCCCAGCCUGUCGCCGGGCGCCCAGCCCCCCAUACUCCCAGCAGCCCUCCAGCGCGGUAGCGGCCGCUCCGACAAGAACGCCAUGGCCGAGAAUGUUCCUCUCCUGACAAGAGACUCUCCCAACUCCUCGGCUAACGGCUCACGUGUUGACCUGGAUGUGGAGAGUGGUCGGACUCCGAACGGGGAAGCCCAGCCUUCCCCUGGUGCUGCCGACUCAGCGGAUAGUUCUGUUGACAUAUCCAAGGAAACGGCUUGCUGACAUCAGGAGAGGAUUCCAGUUUCAACCCACCCCUCGAACCUGGAGCGCUGUGUUAUGAUACACACUUUCAUGUCAAGUCUAGACUAGAUAGUUCUUCCAAUGUUUCAAGGAUACAUAACAAGUUCUAUAAGCAAGUAACAACCAAGAAAAGGUUGAUGUAGUGUCCAGUUAGUCAUAAGAUGAAUAUUCAAUACAUGCAUGCAAAAUAUACUUUUGAAGAUUUGCUUGAUACAUUGUAGGCAAGGAAUUUAGGAAAGUACUUGUCAAUUUACACUACCAAUAGUGUUAUUAUCUAGACUGGGUCCCAGGCUCAAGUAGACAACAAAUUAGAUUGACUUCAUUUCACAGUCAGUGUCUCUGGAAAUUUCCUGUGGCUUACUAUCAGACUCGUGUGAGGUCUCCUUAUGGUCGUUCUGGAGGGAUGUUGUUCAUUUUGUGGUUAUGCCUAAACUUGCCAAAUCAAAGAGACAACUUGCAGUGUAACCAUUGAAUGAAUGACUCUAGCAUGAUAAGGGGGGUAAUUACAAGGUUACAUCAGUGAAGGUUAGACAUCCAGGUAGAUCAUUACACAGUACAAGCUAAACCAAUCAACUGGGUAAGUUCUCUGAAGAGUUAGAUGACUGAGAAUGACCAUGAAGACAAGUGUAUCCAAUAUACAUGUAUAGAUAACAUGUAUAAAUAUAUGUAUAGAUACAUACUCAUUUAUGUGCAGGUUACAGUUGUCUCCAGUCAUUCUCAGUCACUGAUGAAAUAUAGUGGAUACAGUUUAUCUGGUUGGUUGAUUUAUUUUGUAUUACAUAUUAAUUACAUAAGACUCUUCAGUUGGGCGGGGGACGAGGGUGUACAAUGUAUAUUGGUCAUAUAACAGUGGACACAGGUGAACACUAAUGGUUCUUUCUUGAUGAAACGAGAGUGAUUAGUCAAUGUGUGCAAUAAAGACAUAGGAUGAGAAUGCAGCAAUUGUAAAAGAUGAUAAUAGAGUUAUUUAGUUUUGUAAAAAAAAACUUACUGGUACUUGUACAUGGUACCUGUAGAAAUGUGAAAGGUUGUAUGUACAGUGUGCACUUGUCAUGCAGUCUCCAGGUAAAUUUUGGAUGGUACUGUGAAUAUGAAUAUUAAAUUAACAUGGAAAUUGUUGAAGAGAUCAUAGUACAUGGAUAUACAUGUAUGCAUCAUUGUUCACAUAUUCGUUUUUGUUCUGGGAAAACAAUUUGGAUAUGUUUGUAAUUUUGAAUGUUGUCGUAUAUAUAGAUACUGAGUUGUUCUGCCUUGCUGCCAGAAUUUUGUAAAGGUUGUUCAAUCACAGAAAGACUCUAUCAAGUAUAUCCUCUGCUGCUAAGCAGAGGCUAUGUAGUAGACUUCAGUUAAAAAUGUGUGGUACAUUGUACAUGCAUGUACAACCAACAGAUGGGAGAUAGACAAAACCUCUUACAUGUACAAAUGUAUGCCUUUCAUUUCUGCACAAGAAUAUGCUGAUAUUUAGCCACAAAUAAAUGGCUUUAUACUGUUGUUGCUAUGUUUAACACCAUGGUUAACUGUAACAAAACCCCAUA